GUCAGUCACUCCGUGGGCUUGCAAUUGCAUUGCCAUUGAGAGGGCAUCAGUUUGACUCCAAAUCUCUCUCUAUAUUUUUUCUAAUUGUCAUCUUUCACAUUCCGCUUUUGCUUUUUCUUCUUUUCUUUUCUUUGAAGUUCUCCCUCUCUUUUGCCCUCUUGAUUCUAUUCUUCUCCAGUCGGUCUUCUUUAUAUUUAUAUGACUCUUUCUCUCUCUCUAUUUGUUGUGGGGAUUGCACAUCAUAUUGUAUGGUGUUAGAAAGAUGGCUGUGGAACUUAUGAUGGGUUAUUCUGGUGAUAGUUUUGCAACUAAAUUGCAAGAAAAUGCUGUGAGAGAAGCAGCCACUGCUGGGAUCCAAAGCGUUGAGGAGGUUAUUAAAUUACUUCAGCAAAAUCAACUUCAACAGCCACCACAAUACUAUUCUGAAACGUUCUCUUCUUCUUCAAACUCUAGUGAUACUAAUCCUCCAUCUACAGAUAAUAUCAUGGCUGUUACAGAUGCCGCUGUCAACAACUUCAAGAAAGUCAUUUCUUUGCUCGGUCGAACUACAAGAACUGGACAUGCCCGCUUUCGCAGAGCGCCUGUUUCAUCUCCUGCUUCUCCUACUCAGCAAGAACAUCCAAAACCACCACAACAGCAUCAGCAAGUUCAAGAUCCAGGGCCCUCUGCUGGACCUCUUAAUUCACAGCAAUCAGAACAAGUUUCUGCUUUUCGAGUAUACCAACCAACCCCGAUUCAUCGGUUACCCCCUCUACCUAACAAUCAUCAUCAUCACCAUCACCAUCAUCAACAUCAGCACCAGCAGCAAAAGGCUCCUCUUUUAGUUACAAAGAAUGGGUUUUCAGAAAGAAGCGAAGCGGCUCCUUCCAUUAAUUUCUCUAAUUCACCAUCAAUCUCUGCUGCCACUUCAUUCAUGUCUUCUUUAACUGGGGAAACUGAUAGCUUACAACGCUCUAUGUCCUCUGGCUUUCAAUUUGCCAAUCCUGCUUCAUCUGUUGGUAAACCUCCUUUGUCCUCUACUUCUCUCAAAAGAAAGUGUAAUUCCAUGGACGAUGCUGCUCUUAAGUGCGGUUCCUCUUCUAGCCGCUGCCAUUGCUCCAAGAAAAGGAAAUCGAGAGUUAAGAGAGUAAUCAGGGUUCCUGCAAUUAGUAAUAAGAUGGCUGAUAUUCCACCUGAUGAUUUUUCCUGGAGAAAAUAUGGCCAAAAGCCUAUCAAAGGCUCUCCUCAUCCGAGGGGAUAUUAUAAGUGCAGUAGCAUGAGAGGAUGCCCAGCUCGCAAACAUGUGGAGAGAGCUUUGGAUGAUCCGAUGAUGCUGAUUGUAACUUACGAAGGUGACCACAAUCAUUCACACUCCACCGCUGAUGCGACUGCGGUACGAGUUCUUGAAUCAUCUUGAAGUGAAGUCAACUCAUCCAACGGCUGUGAAAAGAAAAGAGAAAAGUUCUUGGAUAGUUUAAUCACAUCCGUUCAUGAUGAUACUCGUUGCUCAGAUAGUCAAUGCAGAAGAGAGAGAGAGGGGCUUAGUGGGUACAUUACAUUAGGCUGCCUAAGAAAGAAGAUAUAGGAUUCCUAUGUUUUUGUCCUCUUUCUCUUUUUUUAUAAACCCCCUUGAAGACUUUGUCUUGAAAUGGGAAAAAAAAAGAAGGGAGAAAGAAAGAAAAGAGUAGAUAUCGUGGAUUUGGUGGGGGAGUUGAAUCAUGCAAGUUGUGGGGAGGUUUUUAAUUUUUUUAAUUUUUUUUUAUGCUCUUAUACUCAUCUUUUAAAAUUGUGCAUUUUAAUAUAUAUAUAUAUAUAAAGAUAUGAAAAAAUAGUUAAAUGGUGGUGGAUCUCGCAAGGUUGCCCACUUGAAGUUGUUCCCUUUUCCACUCAUGCUAUAUGCAAUUUUUUUUUUUUUUAAUUUUAAAUUUGAUGGGUGAAAGUGAAAAGGGGCAGUCAAAGGGCAAGGCAAUGUAUAAGAAUUUAUUCAUUUGUUUUUUGAGGGGGAAAUGUCCUCUUUUUUCUCUCCUUUAUUGCAUUGUUUGACUCCUCUUUUUUCUC